AUGGCCGAAGAACAAUCCAGGAUUGCUGCAGAGCAGGUACCGAUCUACGAAAAGGCUCUCGAAGCCCAGUUGGGAGCAAGCGGUAGCUCGCAGAGCGGUACAAAUGAAGGGUCGACAAUCGAUCGUAGCGCCUCGACUUCGAACACUGCCACCGCCGACGACAACACAAGCAGCAAGAUGACAGGCACCGAUACCAAGGAACGCACCGAACCACUAGAACACAAGCCACCACAGCCAGCUGACGGCAAGCCCUCUGGUGCCAAAGGCAUGGAGAACCGUGAUGCGAUCCCCACUGCUGGCGGCAAGCGACUCGGCGAGGAGAACUGGGGUGAAAGCAAGAUUGUGCCUGAUGACCCCGGUGCCCCGCCUCAUGAGAAGGGUAUUUCUAGCGCUGCUGGUCAGCCCACUGAGCAAGUCAAAGACAACACUGCCAAGAACAUGGGUGGUGCGACGAGCGGACCUAAUGGCGGCAAGGAAGAGGGGAAGGAAAAGGAGAGUGUUGUUGACAAGAUCAAGGAUAAGCUGAACAUUGGCAAGAAGUGA